AUGGGUUUCAGACGUGGUCGUGGUACAAUUGACCUACUGAGUGUAUUAUCGAAUGAUAUACACAUCUCAAACUCAAGGAAUGGAUACUUACUACUAAUAGCCGCAGAUAUCCACAAGGCCUAUGACAAUGUGGAGCACAAUAUAUUGAGACGAAAAUUAAAUAGUAUGAAUCUUCCACAUAACAUUACCAAGGUUAUCAUGUCACUAUUAGAUAACAGGGCAAUUUACAUUAAAUUCAAAAAUAAGAUUAUUGGUCCAAGAGUUAUUUCUACGGGUCUACCACAAGGCUCAAUUUUGAGUCCUCUACUGUUCAAUAUUUACAUGUCUGACCUUAACACACAAACAAUAAAUGGAGUUAAAAUACUCCAAUAUGCUGAUGACAUAUUUAUAUAUUGCUCUGGUGUAUCAAUGGAAGAAUGCAAAAAGAAAAUCCAAGACUCUCUUAAUAAAGUAUCAGCGUGGCUUAACGCUAACAAUUUAAGUCUAUCUCCGACCAAAUCAGAAGCGAUCAUCUUUAGCAGACAUAGAAAACCGUUGAACUCUCUCGUUUUAAACAUAGGCAACAUGCAGGUCAAAUUAUGUGGCAGUAUAAAAAUUCUAGGAGUAACCUUCGAUAAAAACAUGUCCUUCCAGACACACAUCAGAGAAGUGGUAAAAAAAUCGGAAAAAGGACUCAAUAUUAUUAAAAGACUAUCAGGAACUAAAUGGGGAGCACAUCCGACCUCCCUUAUAUCUGUUUACAAAGCCAUCGUAAGAUCUCAUAUUGAUUACGGAUGUCAGAUUUAUGGAGGAUUAUCAUCUAAGAAUCAGUAUACCCUAGACAUGGUGCAAUUCUCAGCACUAAGAUUAUGCCUGGGGGUUAUAAGAUCAACACCUUGCAACUCCCUUUUAGUGGAAGCUGGCGAAUCUCCAUUAAAAAUUAGAAGAGAAAUACUUACGAACAGGUUUGUAAUUAAAAAAUUUAACUCAGAUUACACGUUCUUUAUAAAACAACUACAAACAUUAGCUGAGCUGCACUAUAGAAUGAUUUACUGGAAGAAUAAACCUACUCCCCCUCUGAUAACGGCUUUCUACCGCAUCAAACCCUUGGAAGAUAUGACUUAUACGAACAGUAAACUUCCAGCUUUUCUAUUCCCACAGAAUUACUCUUUUUCCAAGAAUUACAUCUCUUGGUGUCAGGUACCUUAUAUUGCACACAAUAUCAAAAACCAUAUUAAAAACCUAGAAUUUGAAGAAUGGUUACAACACAAUUACAAAGACUUUACAGUCAUUUAUACAGACGGAUCCAGAAGGGAAAAUGACGUCGGCUGCGCGUUUUUCGUCCCUUCCAAAGAUAAUCGAUCUCAAUUCAAAUUACCUAGCUUUGCAUCGGUAUUUACAGCAGAGAUAACAGCCAUAAAUGCGGCUGUAGACUACGUUAAAAAUGAAAAGCUCAGAAAAUCAAUAAUUUUUACAGACUGCAAAUCCGCCCUUUUGGCUUUGAACAAACCAAGAGAAGAUGCAAAUUUUUUGACUCUUGAUACCAUCCACAAAAUAGAAGCCCUCCUGGUUUCUGGAUAUAUAAUAAAGUUAGCCUGGAUUAAAGGCCAUUCCUCAAUUUGGGGAAAUGAACGGGCAGACGAACUGGCAAAAGAAGCAUGCACGGCUGCAGUUCCUAUGAAAAAGGCGCCAAUAACGGAUUUAAAAGGAUUAAUAAGAACUCUAGGACUAAGACAAUGGCAAAACGAUUAUGACCUAGAAUCGACUACAAAGGGCUCUUUAUUUAAACCCUGCAAACCCCAAGUCACAUUUAGUACCUGGUUCAGCAAUCUAAAAAUGACCAGAGAAGACAUUUCUAUGAUAAAUAGAAUUAGAUGCGCUCACACCUUUUGUAGAUCUCAUUUAUACAAAAUUGGACAAACACAGGACCCCUUCUGUUCCUGUGGACCAGAAUUUCAAACAAUAGACCACAUCCUUUGGAAAUGCUGCCUAUUCACAAAACAGAGAGAAGAAUUUUUGCAAGAACUAUAUAGGAACAAUAUAUCUUUCCCCAUUAACACGGCAAUAGCUAUGGCUUUGAAUAAACCCAAUCUUUACAAAAAUAUACUGAAUUUUCUACAUAAUUGCAAAAUCAGGGUUUGA